AUGAGCUGUGCCGGGGGGAGCGUCGUCCUCCCUCCCGGGGAGCCGCAGCGGGACCCCGCCGCCCCGCUGGAGCUGCCGGCCGGAGCGGGGGAGGCGAGCGGGGACACCCCAGAGGAGGGAGAGAGCGGCGGCCUCAGCGGCGGCGACGGCCGGAGGGGCGGCUCGGAGAGCGGCCGCGCCGAGGCGGGGGCCGCCGGCGGCGACAAACCCGAGACCCGCUCGGUGUGCAGCAGCGAGAGCGGCAGCGGCAGCCACCCCGGCGGGGCCGGCCCCAUCUGCAAGAUCUGCUUCCAGGGCCCCGAGCAGGGUGAAUUGUUAAAUCCUUGCCGCUGCGAUGGGUCAGUACGAUACACGCAUCAGCUUUGCCUGUUAAAGUGGAUAAGUGAAAGAGGGUCAUGGACCUGUGAACUCUGCUGUUACAGAUACCAUGUUAUAGCAAUUAAAAUGAAAAAGCCUUGCCAGUGGCAAAGCAUUACUAUAACACUGGUUGAGAAAGUGCAGAUGGUUGCUGUAAUCCUAGGAUCUCUGUUCUUAGUAGCAAGUGUGACUUGGCUUCUAUGGUCAGCCUUCAGCCCCUAUGCAGUAUGGCAAAGAAAGGACAUCCUUUUUCAAAUCUGCUAUGGAAUGUAUGGUUUUAUGGAUCUAGUAUGCAUAGGACUGAUAGUACAUGAAGGUGCAUCUGUUUAUCGAGUGUUUAAGCGCUGGCGGGCUGUGAAUCUACACUGGGAUGUGUUAAAUUACGAUAAAGCCACAGACAUAGAAGAGAGCAAUCGAGGAGAAUCCUCAGCAGGAAGGACAUUGUGGUUACCACUGACUGCAUUUAGAAACAGAAGUUUAGUUCAUCCAACACAGUUAACCUCACCAAGAUUUCAGUGUGGCUAUGUAUUGUUACAUCUGUUCAACCGCAUGAGACCUCAGGACGAUUCAUCAGAGGAUAACGGCUCUGGGGAAGUAGUGAUGAGAGUGACCUCAGUGUAAAGAUUAUGCUCACUGUGCUACACAGAUAAGGAUAAUGUGCCCUGAUGUUACAGGACUUUGGAAUGUAGUUACGAUGAAUGGUGAAACCAUUAACACUUGAAAAAAUAUACACACAUUUUUUAAAAAUU